AUUAUUCAUUGAUGGUAGUAAAAAGUUUUAUAAUUAACACGGAAAUUAGAUUUUGUGUUUAAAGUUUUGGGAAUUGGACAUCAUCUUUUGUUUUCUUUUUCUUUUUUUUUAAUGUCAGAAUAUACAACUUCUAUCAAAUCACCAUAAUUUAUGUAAAUCAAUUCAUGUAAUACACAUAUUACAAAAAAUUAGAAUGAAUCAUUCAUAUAAUCAUAAUGAUUUAUUAACUAUAUCAUCUAUAACUAUAAAUAAUGAUAGUCGAAUUGAUUCAGAAACGCAUACAAUUACACAAAUUUGUUUUUCAUUAGCAUUUUGUUCUACAUUAAUCCAUUUAAUAUUUAUAUUAUAUUUUAAACGUAUAAGAAAACUUUAUGGUAUCUGUAUCAUGAUACAUUGUUUAUUUUAUUCAAUUUCAUAUUUAAUGACAUUAAUUACAUGUUCAUUAAGUAAAAAAACUAAUCUUAUUCAUAUUAUUUUUGGAUAUUUAGCCGAUUAUUGUAUCUUGACAACUAUAAUAAUGAAUUUAAAAUCAUCAUUAAUGAUUGUUUAUUUAUUAUGGAAUAGACGAGAAAAUAUGAAUUGUUACCAUGGCAACUAUCAAUUAUGUAAUUCUAGUAAUGUAUGUUUAAAUCAUAUUAAAAAAUUAUUUUAUAUAAUGGGACAUAUAAUGGUUAUCAUUUUACCUAUAUUAUGUAUUGUAAUUAGUAUAUUUUUAUUUGAAACCAAUAAUUAUAUCAGUGAAGAUCAUAAAGAAUUUGCUGUUAUAUCAUGUAAUUUAACACCAAAUUAUGGACAUUUUUAUAUUUUCUUUCCAAUAUUAUUUAUAUUAUUAUUAUUACAAUUUUCUUGUAUUUUAAUUAUAAUUAAAUUACUUAUUGGUCAACAACAAAAUACUAAUCAUUAUCAUGAUAAUAUUACAACAUUAUGGAAAACAACAAAUAUAAGUGCACGUUUUUGGAUUACAUUAAAAUUUACAAUUACACAUAGUUUGGUAUGGUUGAUUGCAUUUUUAGCAUUAAUACAAGCAUCUAUUUCUCUUUGGCAUGUAUUCACAUUAUUAUAUAGUUUACAAGCUAUUUAUAUUACUGUAAAUUGUACAUUUACACGUCCUAUAUUAGAUUUACUUUAUCAAUGGCGUGAAGAAAAAAUGGAUUAUUAUAAAAAUGAACAUCAUCUAUUAUUGAUUAAUCAUAUAUUAAAUACCAAUCAACAAAAUGAUACAAAACAAGAUAGAAUCAAUAAUAUAUUGAUUAAUUAUUAAGCAAAAUUCUAUAUAAACAUUGUUUAUUGGUGGCCUGUUUGAGCAUCUGGGCUACCUGUUCC